UCUGGAUGGACUCUUCCCGGGAAGUUUUGCUAAUUUGCAGCAGCUGGACAAUGUUCCUCAUUAACAUCUGUCUGUCAGCAUAGUCGUCACAUAAUUUCACUGUGGUGGCAGGGACUCAGCUCCGAAUUCUAUAUACAAAAAGCAUCUGGAUCCCAGUCUUUCAAUGGCUUCAAGACAACCAGAAGUACCUGCACUUGAGCCUGGUGGGCCUCUAGGCAAGAUGUCCCUGCCCAUCGGGAUAUGUCGCCGGGCAUUCAGCUAUGAUGAUGCCCUCGAGGACCCUGCGCCCAUGACUCCUCCUCCAUCGGACAUGGGCAGCAUCCCCUGGAAGCCAGUGAUUCCAGAGCGCAAGUAUCAGCACCUCGCCAAGGUGGAGGAAGGAGAAGCCAGUGUAUCCUCCCCUGCCAUGACCCUGUCAUCGGCCACUGACAGUACGGACAAGGCCCCGGUGGUGAAGGCUAAAGCUACCCAUGUCAUCAUGAAUUCUCUGAUCACAAAACAGACCCAGGAGAGCAUUCAGCGUUUUGAGCAACAGGCAGGGCUGAGAGAUGCUGGCUACACACCCCACAAGGGCCUCACCACCGAGGAGACCAAGUACCUUCGAGUGGCAGAAGCACUCCACAAACUAAAGCUACAGAGUGGAGAGAUAACAAAAGAAGAGAAGCAGCCUGCGUCAGCCCAGUCCACCCCAAGCAGCACCCCUCAUUCUUCUCCUAAGCAUAGGCCCAGAGGCUGGUUCACUUCUGGCUCUUCCACAGCCUUACCUGGCCCAAAUCCUACCACCAUGGAUUCUGGAAGUGGGGAUAAAGACAGAAACCCAUCAGAUAAAUGGAGCUUCUUUGGGACAAGACCCCUCCAGAAAUAUGAUUCAGGAAGUUUUGCCACGCAGGCCUACCAAGGUGCCCAGAAACCCUCUCCAAUGGAACUGAUCCGAGCCCAGGCCACCCGAAUGGCUGAAGAUCCAGCAACCUUUAAGCCACCCAAGAUGGAUAUCCCAGUGAUAGAAGGGAAGACACAACCCCCACGGACCCAUAAUCUCAAACCCCGUGACUUGAAUGUGCUCACACCCACUGGCUUCUAGAGCUCUUUCUGUUCCAGGGAUUCUAGAGCCCCACUUCCCUUUUACGUUGGCUCUGACAUAGGAAAAGUAUAUUUUUAAAAAAUCUCUUAAACUAAGGCUAGACCUGAAGACACAAUUGGUUUUUGAGAAACAUUAGUGCAAACUUUGCCCUUGUUGUGUGGAAGAAGCCAUUUUGUACUGCUUUAAAGUUAGAUUAAAUCUUAGCAAUGGUGUAUGGGGGACUUGAUGACCUAUUUUUGUAUCAUUUACCCUAGACAAGAAUUUGAUCAUUGCUUACUAGGUAAUUAAUGUUUGUGCUGUUCUAAAAAUCCAGGCUUCUUGGUUCUUUUAUCACGAUCAAUGUGAACACUGACAAAUCAUGGCAUAGAGGUGCUCACUGACUAGUUUAGACAACUUUGGGCCUCUUGACUAUACUGGUGCUGUGUACCAGCCUUGUCAGGUAGGUGGGCCUAAGAUCUGUUUUUGAGACCUGGGUACAGUUAAAAGCCAGACUUGGCAGGGACCUCUUUCCAGGCUGAAACUGGAAUUGUCUUGCGUUUUGGCAUGCCCAGUAGAUCACUUUGCCUUUAGCCAGUUCUUCGUGUGGUACCUCUUGGGCCAGUGUUAUUGGAGGGAUGUUUCUUUUUUAUGUCAUAGAACAAACACUAGGCUUGCAUGUCCUUUUUUGCACUUUAAUGUAUUAAUUUAACUCCAAUUUGGUUGAAAACUUCCUAAGGGAGAAAAUUCAGUCUACUGAUUUGGUGUAGAUAAACGGAUGUCAAGUAAAGAUGGUAACUACAAUUAGAUUAUAGUCUUGAGUUCAUGUGAAAGUAGUGUAGCCUUAUUUUAAUUUCCUUGUUCAUCAGGUCAGGGCCUGAAUCUUUUUUGGGAGGAGGAGAUGGAAGAAUUCAAAAUUGUCUAUAUGAAAGCAUUUGUCACCAGAAUGAGCCUCAUUCCUUUAUGCAACACAUAACCGUACUGAGGAAAAGAAAUAGGGAAACUGCCUUUUUAUGUCUCCUCACUCUGUACAUGUUCAGUCAUUGUCUUGAGCCGUCUCAUACUUGUUUUUGUUUUGGAUAGUCUUUUAUCUGUCAGUACCUAAGGAGCUGACCUUUCCAUAGAGAUGCCCUGGAGUCUACAGUUAUCAGAACAAUUAAUUUAUUUGUGUCUUCUGUUUUGAUCUCGUUUGGACAAUAAAAAUCCUUACUACUUU